GCUCGUCUUACAUCUUCUGCACUCGGCCCCACCUGGACCACCGCCGUAUCACCGAUGACCCACACACUAGACACGCCUUCCCAGUCCUACACCCACUCCUCAGCCUCCACCCUCACGCGACUCGCCAACCUCCUCUCCAACCGCUCUUCAGCUGAUACGCACACGACUACCUCCUAUCGGUACACGUCGGGCACUCGGUCUGCCGGUCACUCGAGGAACCAGAGCGAGGAUUCAGACUGGUUGGGGAUGGUGGGGUAUGGGACUGCAGGCAGGAGGGGGAAUGGGUUGGCUGUAGGGGGAGGGAGAGCGAGGGAUAGUGGAAGCAGCAGCGAUGACCGAGAGCAGGAACAAGACCAGGCGAUGAUACGAGCCAGGCAGGAGCGUGUGCGGAGUUCCACUCUCGCGUUGGGCACGGGCGCGUCGAGUCAUCCGUAUGCGACCGCAGCAUACACCUCCCGCACGCCAGCUACACCCCUCCGCGCACCUGCCGUUCGUGUCCUUCCCCCAACUCCGCACCAGCUCGACCGUAUCCAGCACCAGCAACAAUCGCAGUGGCAAGAUACACCACCUUCCCGCGGCGGGCCAUCAUUUUACACGCUCGACGAGCCCGGGAUCGGCGAGUCCCCCCGCCCGUCCCCUCUGAAACCCAACAAGUCUGCCGCUGCUGUUGCGCGGUUUCGCGCCGCUGCCGCGAAACAUGAUCAUACGCGUUACGGGGAGGCAAAGGAGGAGCCCGUAGUCGCGUUCUAUCGUACUUCGGCCACGACGCCCCCACCUAUGCUGCCCACUAGUACGCUCAGCGUCAUCACCGGCAGCGCAGCUGUCGAGGCUGCCGGCCUACCACCCACCCCUCCACUGCAGGGUGACUAUGGUACAGCGACCAUCUACCCGCCUAUGAGGGUGAACGGUGCUCCACCCCUCUCUCCCCCACAGGAACCCGUGCGGCUCUCCUCCUCUCACCCAUACGCCAGCCCAGGCAUAGGAGCAAGCAGACGUCUCUCCCCCAAAGAAAUCAGCCCGCGCAGAGUCCGUUCCAGCAGCAUGCUCAUCGACAACCCCACACCUCCUCGUUCCCCUCAAGGCACCUUCCCAACCCAGUUGUACCUCUCAGGCCAUCCCUACGCCCCCGCACGUCAGUCCGUCACAACGGCACUAGCGACCACCCUCUCCGUCCAGCCGUUACGUGUCCCCCAGCAGGAAAGUUCCGGCCAUCCUUUCGCCGACCCAGCGUUCCGCCGUCAAAGGCUGGAUUCUAACCCCUCCGAGCCGUAUCCCACCUGGGGCACCCGGAAUACGGCACCUCCCCCUCCUGUGCCUACACAUAUGCGACAACAGGCUCUCCGGCCUUCGGCGAGCGCGUCCGACCUCCGCAGCCCUAUGUCGCCGAAGGACAGCACGCCUCUCGGCCUAGGCUUCCCCAGUACCGCCCCUGGUGCUAUUGCGCCUGUCUCUGGAGGGUGGCACCUCUUUCCUCGCCUAGGCAACCCCUACACCAAGCUCAAACCCAGCACGUCAACAUCCGCGUCCAACCCCAACCCGGCCGGAGGGACACAAACCAGUGCUCGUACGGACACGAGCACGAGCCUGCAGGUGCGCACGGCUUGCGACGCGUUGGUAUUCCCGAGACCUAGGCUGAGGCCGCAUGAGAUUUCCCCCCCGGACAGUCCAAAAGAGAGCCCGUUAUUUACCCCGGGGGAAUGGGCCCGCGUUCAAAGGCAGAGGCUUAACCUAACCGAGACGGACCCCGUGCCUCCACAACCCCGCUCUGCCUUCCUCGAGCGAGUGAUAGCCGAAGGACAGCAACGCGAGCGGGAAAGGACCGAAUGGGCCGCCGCCGCUGAACGAAACCAGAUCUUUACUCGCCAGCGGGCGAAAUCUAUGCCUCGCCCACGUGAUCGGCCCGCUCUAUCCCAGUCACAGUACGACCUACGCCUGGGCCGGCCCUCACGGGGAUCGGACGAUUCUGUCUUGCAUUGGUGGAAUAAGGUCGCUUUGGGGAGGAAUGCGAGUACCGGAAGUCGGGUGCUGAGGAAGACGAGCAGUUCUUCUGGUCUGGGAAGGGAACGACCGAGGACAGAGAGCUUGCCUGUCGUUGUCGGGCUGCAGGCGCGUACGACCGCUGCUGUAGGGAGUGGAGCUAUGCUGGGACAGGGAGAGAGCUUGUUGAGGCAACGGAAUGCGGCGGUUGCCCUGAAUGGCCAUGCGAACGGGACACAUGCGCCAAAACUCGAAGCACGCAACCCUCGUAUCGUCCGGACCUCUGAUGACCUCCCUCUCGUAGAUAUCCGACCAGGCGCAGGGCAAGUGCCUGUUGCGGAGAAGACACCACAGGCACAACCAAGGCCGACUGUGCCCCGUAAGGAGCAUCCAUCGCAUACAGCUGUGCAUAGUUCUCUUCCCCCCUCUCCUGUUCCGGAGAUCGGUCUGGCGGUUUCGACUCCUCUUAUACACCCACACAUUCCGCACCCCUAUGCGGCGGCUUUCGGCUCAGCAUCAGCAUCUCAGCUCUCGAGCGCCAACACUCCAGGCAGAGGAAAGAACCCAUUCCAGCCUCCGCCGCCCAGCUCCCUCACAGCAGGUCCACACCCGAUCGAGUCUGACAAAGCGCAUUAUCUAAUCGAGGCGACUGUAACAGCAGAUGUGGCAAGACGACAUCGGACACCACCUCGCGCUGCUACUCAAGAAUCGCCACAGGUCGGGGCUGCCCCACCUACUCGUCGUAUCUCUCGUAAGCCGGUGCCGUCGUAUUACGCGCCUGCUUUGCCACCUAUGCUGCAAGAAGCGUUGGAAUCGUCUGACGACGGUAGAGAGUUCCUCGCUAGUAUUGAUGGCGAUAACGCAGAUGGAGAAGAUGAAGAAGAGGACCACAGCCGGGCUUCGACACCCCGAGCGGAUGACAGGCGCCGUGGUCAUCACUGGGACCAUGGCACUGAACGUGCGCUUCUUAUUGCUGCUGGCCUCAAUCCUAGUCCAAGCUCCGAGACCGGGCCAACGUUCUUCUCUGAAGCGACUCAGACAAGCACUACCGACCUGCUCGCUGCACCUUCGGACCCUAAGGUUCUCCGCCCCGCCGUGUCCCGUACGACCCUUGAAGACGAAAGCGGGUUUGUUACGGCGAGUGAGGGGUUGUAUGCUGAUUCGCGAGAGGAGCUGGGCCAGAUGUCGGAUGUACCCGUCCCGGCCGCUACAGAAAUGCCAGAAAUCCCCUCCUUGCCGGGAUCGAUGGUCAAUCUUCCAGGAUCCUUCUACAUGCAGUCUGCAGCAUAUCGAAGUGUCAAUACCCUGGCGUCAUCGGUGAUGCUGCCUCUUGGCAUGUCCCCGAGACUGCCGAAUUCUCCGACCUCACCUCCACUGCCUUCGCCACCUUUGCCACACUCGCCUCAUUACUCCCCACAUUCUUCCAAUCAUCCAUCAACGGCCGGUGGCUUGGUGUCUCCUGGUACGAACGGACGCCCAUUCUCUCUGUCAAGGGGGUCUUCAGGUGAUCCCGUACCCCGACCUCCCACUAAAUCGCCUCGUCGAACAUUCAGUUAUGGCUCACGGUCUUCUAGCGAACUUCUUGACCCUCCUGCACCACUUGGACGGCUUGAUCAGAUCGAGGCGCAAAUGUUCAAAGACCUUUAUUACACGCCCGCUGAAGACGUGGAUCCAGAAGAGUUCGAUGAAAAGAUGGAGGCCGAGCUGAGUGAGGCGCGCGCAAUGCGAGAGCUAGAGAAAAUUGAGCGGGAAUGGGAGAGGGAGGAAUAUGAGCAAGACAGCGACGUCUCAAUGCCGCCACACAUUGAGGUCGAAGAGAUUGAAUAUUCUGACAUGGAAAUUGUCCAAGUACAACGUCUGCCGAAGUUAAGUUCACCUUUCCCCAACGGCGAGUCUGAGUCGGAGCAAUACCUUACACCAGCCGGAACGGGUAGCAGGUCACGGAGGCCAUCAUCAGAACGCGCUGAGACGCCGCUGUCUGCUUAUAAUGAAAGCUUCGGUCAUAGCAAUGAUGACAUACGUGUUGGACAAGUUGGCGAGAUGCACAUACCCGAGGUUACGACAUUACAGAUGCGGCACCUCUCAAUGCCUCUUUCGGUCGUAGAAAGUGAGGGAACGGAGGUGGCCUCCACGUUCAACUCUUCCAGCCCACCGGUGCAACACAUCAUCUCGCUUGCUGCCGUGCCUGAGACCCGCUUGUCUAUUCCGUGGAGUCCUUAUACGUCCGAUGAUGGCGGGCGUCAUUCCCACUUAACAGCUGUCAGCAUGGGCACCUCGAAUACCUCUGGGAACGACCACUUUCCACAGCCACCCGAAGACCACAUGACACCCUCCAGCUACACAUCACCUUCCAGCUACAUGCCGUCAUCCUACUAUACCCCAAUCGAGAGUGUACACGAGUUUCCGCUAGAGUUACGUAUGGAUGUGACAUUUUUGUCUGUGGAUACCAUCGCCACGUAG